AUGGGUACUGCCCUAAGACAUGCUACAAGUCCAAGAAGGCUGCCUGGAGGGCUUGCUACAAGUACCCGUACUGCAAGGUUGCAUUUGGUUGCAAAAUCUACUCCCACUACAAGUACUUCAAGGGAUUCUUCUGCAAGAACCACUAUGGAGGCGGAGGCUACGGUUACCCGCCCAAGCCCUACAAGAAGAAGGCCCACAAGAAGAGGCCCUACAAGCCGCCUUAUUACUAGAAGUGUCCUUUCUGAUAGUGAACUUCUUCUUGGGCUAUCUGUCCGUCGCCAGCAGUCGCUGAGGCUGAAGUUGAGAAGUGUCCCAUUGGAGGUGAGAAUCCCCUUUCUGAAGCGCGGACGCUUGGAGAAUAGCUAUGAAGAGUGUAUUCGCUCCUAGUGAGUUUGAUCUUUCAGAUCGAGCGUCGCUGCAGUCUGCAAUAAAAAAAAGUUGCUAAAA